AUGCUCGGGAGGAGAAACAAUGGGCCGCCGACGACGUCCAAGCCCCGACCGGACGGCGCGGGCCUCGCCGGCGCCAGCACCGUCGUCGCCGACGGCGGGCAGGCGGAGGUGGCCGCGUCGCAGUUCGUCGUGCAGCUAGAUGAGGCGGCUCGGGAGAGGCUGGAGCGCAUGAACCGGAGGCUGAGGCUGCUGGAGCAGCAGAUGGAGAUGCUGGAGGCGGAGGUCGGGAGGGCCAGCAGUACCGCCGACGACUAG